GCGUGAUGUGUGCUCUACCAUGAGUGUUUCGUGCAUUCACACACUGCAAUUCUGAAUAUGAUCGUCUCAUAAUAAUGUCAAGAAUGGCAUUUAUAUUUCUUGUGUUUCUUCACUUGUCUGGUAUGGCCCUAGGGGAGAUAUGUAUCACACAAGAUCCAGUACUAAAUGUGUCUUAUUUGGAUAUUGCAAGAAUAAGCUGCCACUGGAACAGUGAUAAGGGUCAACAGUUCAGAAUCGUAUGGAGGAAGCAUAUUUCAAGUCCUGGAGAAGAGAAUGGGACCGAGUUAUGUUCUGUUUUGAGGACUGAGAACAGCAGCAAUUCAGAAGUAAGAAGUAAGAUAACUUGUAAUGCGACCAAUAAUUCUUCACUCCUGACCAUACAUGGGGUCACCAAGGAUGAUGGUGGGAAGUAUGUCUGUGAGGUUACUAGAGAAAUACCAACACUGAAGAAAGGAAGAGGGGACGGGACACAAUUAUAUGUCCAGGAUGAUAUUAGAGGUCAGCCAAAACACAUGAAUUUAGUUGGCGCUAUUGCGAUAUUACCUUUUGUGGCCCUCACAGCAUACUUCCUGUGCAAAAGAAAGAAAAGAACACCUAAGAAAAUACCACAGAACAGGAGUCAAGAACAUGUGGAGCUUAACCAAAUGCAACCAAAUGCAGCCAAAGCUGAGGAAGAUAGCAGCAGUUCUACAAAUUCGGUCCAAUGGGCAGUGUCAACUCUUUAUGAGUCUUUUGAUUAUUUUGCAAUGAAGAAUCCAGAUGAUAAAGCUGCCACCCCUUCCACAAGCCACUUGGCCGAGCCUGAAACAACAGAGGAAUCUGAUCUUACUGCUAUGUGACUCUUCACCAUAUUUGCACACUUGUUGCUAGCAGCAUUGUAAUAUAAAGAAGUAGGUCAAGCAGUGGCUUUGGGUCCAGAUCUGUCCCAACUAGAGUUACAAUUAAGAUGACCAACCAAAACACAACACUGCACCUUCAGUGGGACCAAGGGUGGACUGGAAAUUAAAAGUGGCCUUGGAAAAAAAAAAAGGUAAUAGUGGCCCCUUGUUGCAGGUGGGUCCAAAUUGACAGAAGUCGGGGCAACAUAAUUAGGCAGGGACAACAGAAGUACACAGGGCCAGCAUAUCAUAGUGCAGAGCAAUAUACCACCUCAGCUGAACCAAAUACCACAGUGCAGCACAAAAUACUGCCAUCUGAGCCACAGUAUUUAACUGUAUCGGUGUCCUGAGGAAGUCAAUAUAGUUGAAUUCAGGAGGGCGGGCACCUGUGGCUGCUGGUCAGGUGCAUAAGACAGAAUCAGCUCAUUAUCAACCCGGCAGGCGGCCGUGAGGAGUGCUUGGUUGGCCCUCCUAGGUAUUGGCCCACUGGGAAAUUUCCCUGUAGGGUUUAUGGCCAAUCCGCUCCUGCCUGGGACUUUUACAUUUCUGUGGAGUAGUUCUCAUGCAAGAACAGUAUAUGACCCCAUUAGCACCAGCUAAGUCCCUGACAUGAAAUGUAAUAGACAGGAAAAAGUCAUCAUUAGCAGUGGGCCUCCUUACCUACUGGGACACUGGCAAAUGGCAGAUAUGGUAUGCCGGCCCCAGGAUGGAUAAUCGGUCAAAGACCUUCUAUGGGACCACAUGGUGACAACAGACUAGACUUGUUUAUUAAAAAAUUGAACUCGCACCAUUCUACUUAUGCCAGCUCUUGAGAACAUGCAUUAAAACUCAAAUGACUUAAAUGUAUUAUUUGUCCCAGUUCCUGCAGAACUGAUACUGUGAGAAUAACAUGGUCCCAAGAGACCCCUUCUCCCGAUCAACAAGAAUAAGAAAUCAAAAAUACAAACAUAUCUUCUUAGACUUACAGUGUCAUUAUUUUGUUGGGCAUAUGUGACAUGAGUGGGGGCUCUCAACCCUCACUCAUAUAUAUAAAUGUAGUUUUCAAGUACAGUGUAUAGGCUAUACACGUCACCUCUGAGGCCAGUGGUCAUGUAACUUCUAGUGAAGGGAAGUUCUAGCACAAGUGGCUACGGAGGCCAAUGAUUGGCCGCAGCUGUCAUGGGACCAAGUUACUUCCAGAAUGGCAGGGACCCAAAGAGGUGGAAAACGUGGCUGCAUCAUGGGAAUGCCAGGACUGUGACAAGGUGAGCGCUUUUUUUAUUUUUUAUUGGGGACAUGUUCCAAGGAUUGCGUUGGUUGGCUCUUAGGACAUGCUGCCUGCUGCAAUUAGUAGUUUGCUAAAAAAAAUAUAUACAUACAGUAAGCUUCUAAGCUCCCCCUAUUGACAAAGGCAAGGAAUUUAUUGUUUAUCUUCUCAUAUAUGUAGAAGAUUUGGAACUUUAUAUCAGGAAAGAAACAAGACAUUGACUGCUAUAAAGCUAGAUUAAGAAAUAAAUCAGAACGUUGGACAUAUAGUACAUGACAAUCUCUUUCUAACAAAGCUAGAACCAGCCCUGCACCUCACAUGGAUCCAGAGAUCUUCUCAUUCAUUGCUCUGCUAGAUUUAAAUGCAACGACCUAC